CUUAAACUAAUUUUCAAACGAAGAAAAUGGCGUGUUCUAGAGAUAGUGACCGUAUCGGGAUUUGUUUCGACGGAUGGGUGCUUAAUAAAACUUAUGCCAGUUUAAUGGUAGAAAUGUUAAAACAUAUACUUUAUGCCAGAGGACAGAUUCCCUGCCUCUUCGAUCAAGCGAAAAGAUUAUUCGUUUCUAGUUCCGAGCUUGUUCCAAAGACACUUUUACAAAGAAAACAGAAAUCAAUCCAUUCUAGUUUGUCUUUGUUUGAUUCCCUGUUUCAAAACUUGACAACGAGUAUUACAGAUCUAGAAGUGAACCAAGUUGUGUUUUCGCUGGGUCCUACCCUUGUCAGUCCCAAAGAAGUGUAUGUGGUAGACCUGCCACCAUCGCUGAAGUGUGGAGAAUGCAAAGGAAAAUCACUAAAUCAGUUGGUUUGUGUCAGAUACUUUUUCAGAAACUUGAUGUCUUCGGGCAUCUUGAAUCGACCCGAUUCUCCUUCGUUGACCAACAUGACUGUAAUGAUCGAGAUACCGAGAAAUAGUAAUUUGAAAAAUUUCAUGAAAAUGAGGAAUUAUAAAAUACCUAACAGAGGAAAAAAACUAACGAUAUGUGUGCAUCAUAAGAACUGCGACCAUCUACCAUUUGUUCCAUUCUGCGAUAGUGACAGUUGUGAUUCAGACACAUCAAAUCAUUUCAUGAGUCUGGCAAGAGACAUGGAAAGGGUAACUAUUAAUUCCAAUCCAAAUGAACAGUUGGAUCAGUACUGUUGGAUUCAAAUACUCCCCACAAUAAAGGGUUUCAAAGACUUAGUUACAACACAAAAUUCUAUGGAUAAUUGGAUUUGAACUAUUGAAGAUUUUAUUCUAGAAUUAAAAUAUAUUUUUCUUUAUGUAAAUUACUAUAAAAAUUAAUGUAAUUUUGAUGGGAAUAGUAAAAAGAAAAAAUACAUAU